AUGUCAAACCUUACAAAUCUUGAAUUCGUGGGACUUGAUAUAUCCGGGAAAAAUUACCUAUCAUGGGUACUGGAUGCUGAGAUGCAUCUAAAUGCAAAAGGUCUUGGUGAAACUAUAAAAGAAAAUAGUGAUGCUUCGAUGCAAGAUCGAGCAAAGGCAAUGAUUUUCAUUCGCCAUCACCUUGACCAAGGGUUAAAAGAUGAAUAUCUUACUGUGAAAGAACCCUUUCAACUCUGGAAAGAUCUGAAAGAAAGAUAUGAUCACCAGAAAACAGUAAUUCUUCCAAAAGCCCGUUAUGAUUGGCUUCACUUGCGAUUGCAAGAUUUCAAAACUCAAUAUAGAGAGAAAGGUUUUACCAAAUACUCUCAAUUGAUUUCAUGCCUCCGGGUGGCUGAACAAAAUAAUGAGUUGUUGUUGAAAAACCACGAGUCACGCCCUACUGGCUCAAACCCAUUCCCUGAAGUGAAUGGGGUAUCAUUGUAUAAUGAAAAUACAAAGGGCAGUGGUCGUGGCCAUGGACGCGGUCGUCGUCAUGAAAAAUACCGUGGUAAAAAUCCCGGUCGUGGUCAAAAUCGUUAUGGUGGUCAAAACUUCAAAAAUAAAAGUUACCACCGAAAAGGAGAAAGUGCUGGUGCAAAAUACGAUAAGGAAAAGCGUGAAAAUUAUCCCAAGAAUGAGAGUAUAUGUUAUCGUUGUGGCAAGACUGGCCAUUGGGAACGCGCUUGUCGUACAUCAAAGCACUUUGUGGAUCUCUAUCAAGCUUCCCUGAAAGGAAAAGAUCAAAAUAUAGAGUCCAACAAUGUUUUCAUGGAUAACGAUUUUGAUAUCACACAGUUGAAUGUGGAAGAUUUCAUUGAGCCAGUUGAACAUCAAGACUGA